AUGCACCGCCCCACACGCGCCCCUUUUCGCCUCGCGCAUGUCCGAGGCUCAGCAGUGGCCGACGCGCCUGCUGCGGUAACGCUGGCAGAAGCGCGAUACAUUUCACAGACGCCCCCACGCCUUAGCGCUCCUGCCAUGAAACUCCCAGAGCUGCGGACGCAACAGACGGUCCUUCGUAGCGGCCAUGCAGAUGUCAGCCUAUAUGUGUCGGAAUCUACCACACUCACCGAAGAUAUGCGGUGCAUGAUAAGGAGGUCACCUCGUGCGGCUGAGCCUCCAGCUGCAAAAGGUCGGCCAUAUCUGCCUUCCUCACUAGAGCCCAUCAACUCUACUGCACAGCUCCUUAAUUCAAGCAAACUGCUCAGCAGUGACGGUCCCACGACGCUCAUGCCUCACAAAGAUGUGGCAGAGGACAAAACGGAGUCUUGUCUUUCCCACGUGAGCGCGGUGGAGUCGCUGCUGUCGCGGCAGCAGUACGUCGAUGUGUACUUUGUCGUUUCGUCCCUUCUCACAACCGACAACGGCGCAGCAAAGGUGGUGGAAUCGGAAGAGAGACGCCGCCUGCGCCUUCUCAGCUACCGCUGCCUGUGCAGCUAUGCCUUGAUACGGUUCAAGGAGUGCUGCGAGGACGGCAGAGCUGCUCUGGCACUUUACCGACACUUGCAGGACAAAAAGAGUUCCCCUUCUCUUGAAAUGUCUGAUGAGAGACUGCAUAGCCGUGUCGUACAGGCACUGCUAGGUGCGCUUAUCAUGCGCGAGAUGUACAACCAUGUGGAAGAGCUGCGGCUGAUUGUGCCACCUCUGAUGGACACCAGUAGCGAACCGACGUCAAACGAGUUCUUUCAUAUACCGCCUCCGCCUUUGUUGGAAGCACAGGAGAGCGCAAUACCAUUUCUGGCGUCCUUUCGCCGGCACGUUGCGGCGCAGCGUUGGAGCGACGCCGCGCAGACAAUCGACGGCAGUGCCACCGCCCAGAGUUGGGUGAAGGCAACACCGCUCUGUGCCAUGUUUGCUUUUGUGCGGUUGGAGCUGCACGACCCGAAGGCCGCCCGAGCGCUGCUUCUCCCCUACCUCGCCUCUCUCCCUGAACCGCCGUCGUGGGAAGCGCUCUCUACCGCACCUGUUGAGCACGCGCAGCUCUGGAGCCAUUUCAGCUCUCACUAUGUCUUCUCCACGACACUACUCGCCAAGGCUUCCUUCAUGUCUGGCAGCGCAUACCUUAACAUCUCUGCGGCUCUGCUACAGCGUGUACUGCGGCUCAACCCCUCUUAUGCUCCGGCACGCCUCUUCGCAGAGUUUGUGCUCUCGUACGAGGCACAGCAGCAGCGCAUCGAUGCUGCCAUGUCUGCCAAUGACUACCCAAAGGUCUUGUCGGUGACGGCUGAGAUGCUGCGCAUGCCUGAGGUCACGAGGCUCGUGCAUGCUGAGCUCUACCUGAUGCGAACCCAGGCACAGUGGAUGCGACGUCAACCGCUGGAGGUGGUACACGAAGCCUCGCGGUGCGUGCAGUGUGACCCGAAAUGUGCGCUUGCUUUUCGACUUCGGGCCGAUGCCUUCGCAAUGAUGAACCGAGAGGCAGAGGCGACUGCAGACCGCGCUGUGGCGAUGCAUCUGCACUCGAAGGUCGACGCUGUUUUUGAUGAGCUGCGAGUGCAACGUUCACGCUACGACACCACGCAGGUGGAAGCAAGUGCAAAAAGGCACUCUGUUCCGGCAUUUACAUCGUUCCAAUCCGCGUCAGCACCACCUCGCGCGCCACCGCGGAAACGUUUUUGCAGCAGCACCCGAAGAUCGGAUGCCAAGUCGCAGAAGUGUGCCAACGCGGAUCUUCUUCUGCCAGGACUGCGAACGCACUAUGAAGUCCUGGGCGUCUCUAGCGACGCCCCCGAGGUGGAGAUCCGAAAGCGCUAUCGCCAACUCACCCUUCAGUGUCACCCAGACCGGUUUGUCGGUGCAACAGAGAUCAAUCAACGAGCUGCGCUUGAAGCGUUCCAGCUUCUGGGAGAUGCCUAUAGUGUUCUCUCCGACGUGCAGCUCCGGGCAGCCUACGACGUUGGGCUGCUCAGCCUUCAUUGA